AUUAGCUCCCCAGUGGGGAUUUCCAUGGGAUGCCCGUUUAUUGUCUUCACGAUUGUCACUAUUUUUACCGCACAGCUCUGCGCGGCCUAAACGUCUGCACCUCUGUCUCGCCUUUAUACGCUUGAUGGCCUCUUGAGCAAGCUGACAGAAUGCCUACCCAAGUCCGAAUAUUUGCUAUGCCAAAGUCCCUGGGUGAGACUCUGGCAUCAACGACAUCUACUGCCUCUAUCACUUCUACUACUUCUACACCUACGUCACUACCUAAGCCUGCAGAACCCGUCAACGGCAAGACUCCAAGUCUUAAAGUGCCACCCAACAUGUCUGUAGGAAUGGCCAUACCUGAGGAGUCGAAGGACGGCGGCAUCACAUUUGCUGGCCAGGAUGAUCUACCCAAGUUACCCAUCCCUGAACUCGGCAGCUCUUGUCGGAAAUAUCUCGCUGCCCUGCGGCCUUUACAGGGACCUCGCGAGCAUGCAGAGACAAGGCUGGCAGUUGAGGAGUUCUUGAAGUCAGAUGGCCCAGACCUUCAAGAAAAACUUCAGAAAUAUGCGCUCGGGAAGAGCAGCUUCAUAGAGCAAUUCUGGUACGACUCAUACCUGAAUUUCGAUAAUCCUGUUGUUCUGAAUCUGAACCCGUUCUUCUUAUUAGAAGAUGACCCAACACCUGAAAGAAACAAUCAGGUAACCCGCGCAGCAUCACUUGUAGUCUCAGCACUAGAAUUCGUUCGGGCGGUGCGCCGAGAGGAACUGCCCCCAGACAAGAUUAGGGGGAAGCCUCUUUGUAUGUACCAGUAUUCGCGACUUUUCGGAACGGCCCGCGUACCUACAAAUCAUGGCUGUCAAAUCGAACAAGAUCCCGACUCGAAGCAUAUCGUUGUGCUUUGCCAUGGUCAAUUUUACUGGUUUGACGUGCUCGACGAUAACUCCGAUUUAAUCAUGAGUGAGCGAGACCUUGCUAUCAAUCUGCAGACUAUUGUCGAUGAUGCAGUCCAAACCCCGAUCCAGGAGGCUGCCAAGGGGGCACUCGGAAUCCUCAGUACGGAAAACAGAAAGAUCUGGUCUGGUUUAAGGGAGGUAUUAACGAGGGAGGAGCACUCCAAUAAUGCAGACUGCCUUGGAAUUGUGGAUUCUGCUCUCUUCGUACUCUGUUUAGACUAUACUGAACCUGCAACGGCAGCCGAGCUAUGCCAAAAUAUGCUUUGCGGUACAAAUGAGGUGGUAAAGGGUGUCCAAAUCGGGACAUGUAUCAAUAGAUGGUACGACAAGCUUCAGAUUAUCGUCUGCAAGAACGGCAGUGCAGGAAUCAACUUUGAACACACUGGUGUCGACGGCCAUACAGUGCUCCGCUUCGCCAGUGAUGUUUACACAGACACCAUUCUCCGAUUCGCCAGAUCGAUCAAUGGGCAGGCGCCGAGCCUGUGGAAAACUACCAGCCCAGAUCCUUCGAAACGAGAUCCCGAGAGCUUCGGGGACGUCAACACCACCCCUCACAAGCUUGAGUGGGACAUGAUACCGGAGCUUAACGUUGCGGUACGGUUCGCCGAGACGCGACUGGCUGACUUGAUUAGUCAGAACGAGUUUGAGUGCUUGGACUUCAGUGGUUAUGGCAAGAAUUUCAUUACGUCAAUGGGAUUCUCGCCCGACGCAUUCGUACAGAUGGCAUUCCAAGCUGCCUAUUACGGACUUUAUGGAAGGGUAGAAUGCACAUAUGAACCCGCCAUGACCAAGGCCUACCUUCACGGCCGAACUGAGGCUAUUCGUUCCGUGACAGAUGAAUCCGUCAACUUUGUCCAAACCUUCUGGGCUGACAAUCCCGCCGAGACCAAGGUUGAUGCACUUCGGAAAGCGUGUGAGCAGCAUGUGAGCAGCACCAGACUAUGUGCCAAGGCCGAAGGGUGUGAUCGCCACCUGUACGCACUAUUCUGCCUAUGGCAAAGAUAUGUAGAUGAACAGACCAGCCCUGGGCCAAGCAGCGAUGGAUAUUCAAGCCCUACAGAUAACGGCUCCGCCCUUAACUCCGUCGUAGGAAGCCCCCGCAGCGACUCCAUAUCCUCGAUGGAUAUGGAAGUGCGGUCGCACCGCCGAGUCGACAGCACAGGGUCCAACUCCCGGGCGCGAGAUCUCCACCCUGUGCCGGCCAUAUUUGCCGACCCAGGCUGGGACAGGCUGAACACGACAAUCCUGUCAACAUCGAAUUGCGGGAACCCGUCACUGCGACAAUUCGGCUUUGGCCCUACAUCUGGAGAUGGUUUUGGCAUAGGUUAUAUCAUCAAGGACGAAGGCAUCAACAUCUGCGUCUCGAGCAAACAUCGGCAGACCAAGCGUUUUAUUGAUACGCUUGAGAGUUACCUGCUUGAAAUCCGCCGCAUAUUACGCAUUACGGGCCGGAAGGCGGCCAGCGCCAAGCAGACGCGAGCCCGUGAGAUCGAUCCAUCUAAGAUGAAGACCAGUAACAGGCUCAAGGCCCGCGGACGUAUGAUCACGGGAUUAGACAAUAACGCCAUGCGCUUACGGUUAGCGAACGGGUCGUCCACCGGGACACGGUCGCCGACUGAAGAGAGUAUGUUGAUGAGCGAUGACGAAUUAGGUGGAUAUGGCUUCUUCGACGCUGGAAUGCUCCUCCAGGCGCUCAAGGCCCGUGGCGAAGCUUUUGAUAACGGCGAGGCGAAACCCUCGGAGCGCGCAAGGAGGAGGGAUAUAGGCAAAAAACUACGGCUCGCUGAAUAUUAAUAUGAAUAGGUUGGGCUGUAACUAGGGCUUUGGCUGAUUGGUUUGUAGGGGUACGGAAUGGAGAACUCGACGGUUUUAUUUAUUCAUUGUAAUAGCUUGAGCGAGAUACCAUGAGAUAUCUAGAUGAUGAAUGAUGGGAUGAUUUGUAUGAUUAGGGAGUUUCGAUUGUAUGAAUUGACGAUAUAUUAUUUGAUCUUGGGCUAUGUAGAUUGAAGAUAAUGUUACUUACUGGUGAAGAAGGAUGCUCGGUAUUGAGAUAUCUAUUACUUACUGGUGAAGAAGGAUGCUCGGUAUUGAGAUAUCUAUUUUGAUCUAAUGGGCUCUCCGCAUUUCAUGCAAUUUUCACACAUAUAUACAAUAAGACAUAUAGGCCAUAUUGAAGUGAGGCUAUUCAGCUCGGACUCAUUUGAGACGUGUUGACUGAUCUCGGAGGUUAGGAAGGCCGGCGCAAUUGUAUCACUUUCGAAUCACUGUAGCAUAUAUAGGGC